AUGUCGUCUCUGUGCAAGCAUAUUCUGGUCUCCAGCCUCACCACACCCAGCCCAGUCAGGUACCACCUCAGGCAUACCCUUUUACUCACGGGGCCUGCAUUUCUGUCCAAGAUCUGUUCCACCAAGUGGCUGCCACCAGAGAAGAUGCCUGGCUUCCUCUAUCCAGAGAGGCAAGGAUCAUCUUUCCAAAAUAUCCCCAUAGGUGUGAGCCCUGUUGUUCCUGCUGCUGCUGCUGCUGUUCUGUGCUGCGGGGCACUGCCUCUCCCUCUCCCAUAUGGUUCCCUCAGUUCACUGUCCUCUCCUUACUCCCGUGCUGCAGAAUCAGCACAGACCAGUAACAGCCCUCUGAAGAACAUGCACAAGAAUCUGGACUUCAUGUGGCUCAGGCUUUCAGACCUCAGGGUGAUUGUCAAGUCUGGGCCAGGGACUUUCCUCAGUCUUGCUGUUUAUGACAAUUAUAUCUUCUGGUCAGACUGGGGAAGAAGAGCUAUCCUGCGUUCCAACAAAUACACAGGAGGAGAUACAGAAAUUCUUCGUUCUGAUAUUCCGCAUCAACCUAUGGGUAUCAUAGCUGUUGCCAAUGACACCAAUAGUUGUGAACUUUCUCCAUGUGCAUUAUUAAAUGGAGGCUGUCAUGACCUAUGCCUUUUAACUCCCAAUGGGAAAGUGAAUUGUUCCUGCAGAGGGGACCGAGUAUUGCUAGAUGACAACAGAUGUGUGACUAAAAAUUCCUCCUGUAACAUUUAUUCAGAGUUUGAAUGUGGAAAUGGUGAAUGCAUUGACUAUCAGCUCACCUGUGAUGGCAUUCCUCAUUGUAAGGAUAAAUCAGAUGAAAAAUUGCUGUACUGUGAAAACAGAAGCUGUCGAAGAGGUUUCAAGCCCUGCUCCAAUCGUCGUUGUGUUCCUCAUAGCAAGUUAUGUGAUGGUGAAAAUGACUGUGGAGACAAUUCUGAUGAAUUAGACUGCAAAGUCUCAACCUGUGCCACGGUUGAGUUCCGCUGCGCAGAUGGGACUUGCAUUCCAAGAUCAGCAAGAUGCAACCAGAACAUAGAUUGUGCAGAUGCUUCUGAUGAAAAGAACUGCAAUAAUACAGACUGCACACAUUUUUAUAAACUUGGAGUGAAAACUGCAGGGUUCAUAAGAUGUAAUUCUACCUCACUGUGUGUUCUGCCAACUUGGAUAUGCGAUGGGUCUAAUGACUGUGGAGACUAUUCAGAUGAAUUGAAGUGUCCAGUUCAAAACAAACACAAAUGUGAAGAAAAUUAUUUUGGUUGUCCUAGUGGAAGAUGCAUUUUGAAUACCUGGAUAUGCGAUGGUCAGAAAGAUUGUGAGGAUGGACUUGAUGAAUUCCACUGUGAUUCUUCUUGCUCUUGGAACCAAUUUGCUUGCUCUGCACAAAAAUGUAUUUCUAGACACUGGAUUUGUGAUGGAGAGGAUGAUUGUGGAGAUGGAUUAGAUGAAAGUGACAGCAUUUGUGGUACUAUAACCUGUGCUGCUGACAUGUUCAGCUGUCAGGGCUCCCAUGCCUGUGUGCCCCGACAUUGGCUUUGUGAUGGUGAAAGGGACUGUCCAAAUGGAAGUGAUGAACUUUCCACAGCUGGCUGCGCUCCAAAUAAUACAUGUGAUGAAAACGCUUUCAUGUGCCGUAAUAAAGUAUGCAUUCCCAAGCAAUUUGUUUGUGACCAUGAUGACGACUGUGGAGAUGGCUCUGAUGAGUCACUACAAUGUGGAUACCGACCUUGUGGUGCAGAAGAAUUUAGUUGUGCUGAUGGACGAUGUGUUCUAAAUACUCAGUGGCAAUGUGAUGGAGAUUUUGACUGCCCUGACCAUUCUGAUGAAGCACCUUUAAAUCCAAAGUGUAAAACAGCAGAACAGUCAUGCAACAGUUCAUUUUUUAUGUGCAAAAAUGGCAGGUGCAUUUCCAGUGGACAUCUUUGUGACAAUAAGGAUGACUGUGGCGAUGGUUCAGAUGAGAGCAACUGCCAUAUAAAUGAAUGUUUGAGUAAGAAAGUCAGUGGAUGUUCUCAAGAUUGCCAGGACCUUCCAGUCGGUUACAAGUGCAAAUGCUGGCCUGGAUUCCAACUGAAGGAUGAUGGUAAAACAUGUGUAGACAUUGAUGAAUGCUCUUCAGGUUUCCCCUGUAGCCAGCAAUGCAUCAACACAUAUGGGACUUACAAGUGCAUCUGUACAGAAGGGUAUGAAGUACAACCUGAUAACCCAAAUGGCUGCAAAUCACUCUCAGAUGAAGAACCUUUUCUAAUUCUUGCUGAUCAUCAUGAGUUAAGGAAAAUUAGCACUGAUGGCUCCAACUAUACACUUUUAAAACAGGGAUUAAACAAUGUUAUUGCUAUAGAUUUUGAUUACAGCGAAGAAUUCAUCUAUUGGAUUGAUUCUAGCCGACCUAAUGGCAGCCGCAUAAAUAGAAUGUGUUUAAAUGGAAGUGAUGUUAAGGUAGUACAUAACACAGCUGUCCCUAAUGCACUUGCUGUGGAUUGGAUUGGAAAAAACCUCUAUUGGUCUGACACAGAAAAAAGGAUGAUUGAAGUAUCCAAACUCAACGGCUUGUACCCCACCAUACUGGUUAGCAAAAGGCUAAAGUUUCCCAGGGACCUGUCUUUAGAUCCUCAAGCUGGGUAUUUGUAUUGGAUUGACUGCUGUGAGUAUCCUCACAUUGGCCGUGUUGGAAUGGAUGGAACCAAUCAGAGUGUUGUCAUAGAAACCAAGAUUUCUAGACCUAUGGCACUAACGAUAGAUUAUGUCAACCACAGACUCUACUGGGCUGAUGAAAAUCACAUUGAAUUUAGCAACAUGGAUGGAUCUCAUAGACACAAAGUCCCUAAUCAAGAUAUUCCAGGGGUGAUUGCACUAACAUUGUUUGAAGACUACAUCUACUGGACUGAUGGGAAAACCAAGUCACUCAGCCGUGCCCAUAAAACAUCGGGAACAGACAGACUCUCACUGAUUAACUCAUGGCAUGCCAUCACAGAUAUCCAGGUGUAUCAUUCUUAUAGACAACCUGAUGUCUCCAACCAUUUCUGCAUGAUAAAUAAUGGUGGUUGCAGUCAUUUAUGCCUUUUAGCCCCUGGAAAGACCCAUACCUGUGCAUGUCCCACCAACUUCUAUCUUGCAGCUGAUAAUAGGACUUGCUUAUCCAACUGCACAGCCAGUCAGUUUCGUUGCAAAACUGAUAAAUGUAUUCCAUUCUGGUGGAAAUGUGAUACCGUGGAUGAUUGUGGUGAUGGAUCUGACGAACCUGAUGACUGUCCUGAAUUUAAAUGUCAGCCAGGUCGAUUUCAGUGUGGAACUGGACUCUGUGCCCUGCCCGCUUUCAUCUGUGAUGGAGAGAAUGAUUGUGGAGACAAUUCUGAUGAACUCAACUGUGACACACAUGUCUGCCUGUCAGGUCAGUUCAAGUGCACCAAGAACCAGAAAUGUAUCCCAGUAAACCUCAGAUGUAAUGGACAAGAUGAUUGUGGUGAUGAGGAAGAUGAAAGGGACUGUCCUGAAAACAGCUGUUCUCCAGACUAUUUCCAGUGUAAAACUACAAAACAUUGCAUUUCCAAGCUAUGGGUUUGUGAUGAAGAUCCAGACUGUGCAGAUGCAUCAGAUGAGGCCAACUGUGAUAAAAAGACUUGUGGACCUCAUGAAUUCCAGUGCAAAAACAACAAUUGUAUUCCAGAUCACUGGCGGUGUGAUAGCCAAAAUGACUGCAGUGAUAAUUCAGAUGAAGAAAACUGUAAGCCACAGACCUGUACGUUAAAAGAUUUUCUUUGUGCCAAUGGGGACUGUGUUUCUUCAAGAUUUUGGUGUGAUGGAGAUUUUGACUGUGCAGAUGGCUCUGAUGAGAGAAAUUGUGAAACAAGUUGUUCCAAAGACCAGUUCCAGUGUUCCAAUGGUCAGUGUAUAUCAGCAAAAUGGAAAUGUGAUGGCCAUGAAGACUGUAAAUAUGGGGAAGAUGAGAAAAACUGUGAGCCAGCUUCUCCUAGUUGCUCAUCAAGUGAAUAUAUAUGUGCCAGCGGUGGAUGUGUUUCAGCAUCUUUGAAAUGUAAUGGAGAAUAUGAUUGUGCUGAUGGUUCAGAUGAGAUGGACUGUGUGACUGAAUGUAAGGAAGAUCAGUUUCGGUGCAAAAAUAAAGCCCACUGUAUUCCAAUUAGAUGGCUGUGUGAUGGAAUUCAUGACUGUGUGGAUGGCAGUGAUGAAGAGAAGUGUGACAGAGGAGGAAAUAUAUGUAGAGCUGAUGAGUUCCUUUGCAAUAAUUCCCUUUGCAAACUGUAUUUCUGGGUGUGUGAUGGAGAAGACGACUGUGGAGACAACUCUGACGAAGCCCCUGACCUGUGUGUCAAAUUUCUUUGCCCACCCACAAGACCUCACAGAUGCAGAAAUAACAGAACAUGCCUGCAGUCUGAACAAAUGUGCAAUGGUAUUGAUGACUGCGGGGACAACUCAGAUGAAGAUCACUGUAGUGGUAAGCUUACAUAUAAAGCAAGGCCUUGUAAAAAGGAUGAGUUUGCUUGUAGUAAUAAAAAUUGUGUCCCCAUGGACCUCCAAUGUGAUCAACUUGAUGACUGUGGAGAUGGUUCAGAUGAACAAGGCUGCAGACUAUCUUCCACUGAAUUUACCUGUGAAGAUAAUGUGAAUCCAUGUGGAGAUGAUGCAUAUUGUAAUCAAAUAAAAACAUCUGUUUUCUGCCGCUGUAAGCCUGGAUUUCAGAGAAACAUGAAAAACAGACAAUGUGAAGACCUUAAUGAAUGUUUGGUGUUUGGCACAUGUUCCCACCAAUGUAUAAAUGUGGAAGGAUCAUAUAAAUGUGUGUGUGACCAAAAUUUUCAAGAAAGAAAUAACACCUGCAUAGCAAAAGGCUCUGAAGAUCAAGUUCUCUACAUUGCUAAUGACACUGAUAUCCUGGGUUUUAUAUAUCCAUUCAACUACAGUGGUGAUCAUCAACAAAUUUCUCACAUUGAACAUAAUUCAAGAAUAACAGGCAUGGAUGUGUACUAUCAAAGGGAUAUCAUCAUUUGGAGUACUCAGUUUAAUCCAGGAGGCAUUUUUUAUAAAAGAAUCCAUGGCAGAGAAAAAAGACAAGUGAACAGUGGCUUGAUUUGUCCUGAGUUUAAAAGGCCCAGGGACAUUGCAGUUGACUGGAUUGCUGGAAAUAUUUACUGGACAGAUCAUUCUAGAAUGCACUGGUUCAGUUACUACACCACUCACUGGACCAGUCUGAGGUACUCUAUCAAUGCAGGGCAAUUGAAUGGCCCCAACUGCACCCGACUCUUAACAAAUAUGGCUGGAGAACCUUAUGCUAUUGCUGUAAAUCCGAAAAGGGGAAUGAUGUACUGGACUGUCAUUGGAGACCACUCCCAUAUAGAGGAAGCAGCCAUGGACGGUACUUUGAGAAGGAUCUUAGUACAAAAGAACUUACAGAGACCUACAGGUCUAGCUGUGGAUUAUUUUGGUGAGCGCAUAUACUGGGCUGACUUUGAGCUCUCUGUUAUUGGCAGUGUUUUACGUGAUGGCUCUGAUUUAGUAGUCUCUGUCAGCAGCAAGCAAGGUUUGUUACAUCCACAUAGGAUUGAUAUUUUUGAAGAUUAUAUAUAUGGAGCAGGACCUAAAAAUGGUGUAUUUCGAGUGCAAAAAUUUGGCCAUGGUUCAGUAGAGUACCUGUCAUUAGAUGUUGAUAAAACAAAAGGUGUUUUAAUAUCUCAUCGUUAUAAACAACUAGACUUACCCAAUCCAUGCUUGGAUUUAGCAUGUGAAUUUCUAUGUUUGCUGAAUCCUUCUGGGGCCACCUGUGUGUGCCCAGAAGGAAAAUAUUUGAGUAAUGGCACCUGCAAUGAUGACAGCCUAUUAGAUGAUUCUUGUAAAUUGUCUUGUGAAAAUGGAGGAAAAUGCAUUUUAAAUGAAAAGGGUGAUUUGAGGUGUCACUGUUGGCCUAGUUAUUCUGGAGAAAGAUGUGAGGUCAACCACUGUUCCAACUACUGUCAAAAUGGAGGAACAUGCAUACCCUCAGUUCUAGGAAGACCCACAUGUACCUGUGCACUGGGGUUCACUGGGCCAAACUGUGGCAAGACAGUCUGUGAAGAUUUUUGUCAAAAUGGAGGUACCUGUAUUGUUACUGCUGGGAACCAGCCUCACUGUCACUGCCAGGCUGAAUACACAGGAGACAGAUGCCAGUACUAUGUGUGUCACCACUACUGUGUGAAUUCUGAGUCUUGUACCAUUGGGGAUGAUGGAAGUGUUGAAUGUGUCUGUCCAACACGCUAUGAAGGACCAAAAUGUGAGAUCGAUAAAUGUAUAAGGUGCCAUGGGGGACACUGCAUUAUAAAUAAAGACACUGAAGAUAUACUUUGCAACUGCACUAAUGGAAAGAUUGCCUCUAGCUGCCAGUUAUGUGAUGGCUACUGUUACAAUGGUGGCACGUGCCAGCUGGACCCUGAGAUUAAUGUACCUGUGUGUCUAUGUUCCGCCAACUGGUCAGGCACACAGUGUGAGAGGCCAGCCCCAAAGAGCAGCAAGUCUGAUCAUAUCAGCACAAGAAGCAUUGCCAUCAUUGUGCCUCUUAUCCUCUUGGUGACUUUGAUAACCACCUUGGUAAUUGGGUUAGUGCUUUGUAAAAGAAAAAGAAGGACAAAAACAAUUAGAAGACAACCUAUAAUCAAUGGAGGAAUAAAUGUAGAAAUUGGCAAUCCCUCUUAUAACAUGUAUGAGGUAGAUCAUGAUCACAACGAUGGAGGUCUUUUAGAUCCUGGCUUUAUGAUAGAGCCAACAAAGACCAGGUACAUAGGGGGAGGGCCCAGUGCCUUCAAGCUUCCACACACAGCGCCGCCCAUCUACCUAAACUCUGACUUGAAAGGACCGCUAACUGCUGGGCCAACAAAUUACUCUAAUCCGGUGUAUGCAAAAUUAUAUAUGGAUGGACAACACUGUCGAAACUCCUUAGGAAGUGUGGAUGAAAGGAAAGAACUACUUCCAAAGAAACUAGAAAUUGGUAUACGAGAGACAGUGGCAUAAUCAAUGAUAUCUUUUAUAUGCUGUAUAAAUGUAUAAAAUAUAAGGAUUACUUUUGUAUGUUCCAACAGUAUUAUACUUGUUUUGGCAUCAGCAUUACCUCUUUCUUUAUCUUUUUCCUGGUUAAUUGUUCUCUGAGUUUUGGGGUUUCAUUUUUUGCUGAUGACUAUUGAUUGACCAUUUGUAUGGUAUUUUUAUGAAAAAGAACUGCACUACAGUACAAUUUACAACAAUGCUGCUGAUACGACACACCUUUGAAUUUGUUAAAAUUAAAAUAACAUAUGUUCCUUUGUAGUGUGAAUAUAAGUGAUCUAUUUUAUAUGAACUUUUUUGGUUCUACUUAAUCAACAAUGAGAUUCUCUGCACUUUUUCAUUAUAUGAUCUGAAAGCUGUAAUACGAUGUCAUUUUAUUUUUCUGUUUAGAUUGAUGGAAGAUGGGUUGAAUGGUCAACUCUGUUCUUUGUGCUCAUGAAAACUGAAUGAGACUCUGAUGAAAAUAUAUAGCUCCCACAAAUUCAGCAUCUCCUGCUUUGAAAUUAGCCUUAGCUUGCCAGGUGAUAGAUGAAAAUUUUGAGAAAAUACUUUAAAAAUAUAUAAAAUUAAUAAUUUGCAUGAACACCGAUGACUACAUUUUUCAAAACUUAGCAGACUCUAUGUGAGAUAAUAAAUGUAUACACCUUGUAAGCAAUAGUUAUAUUUAGGUGGUAGAACAUAGCAAACAUAUAACCCUAAGUGGACAGACCACAUUUGCUAUGGAAUGAGACCAUUCGUUCUCCCUCAGCCCCGAGGUAAAUAACCAGCCUAGAGCACAACAGGGCAUUGGGUACUUGUGUGUUACGAUUUCUUCCCAGUCACAUGCAUUUUGUGGAAGAUUAACCCAAUCCUUUACCACACUGAACGCUAACAAAUAAUACAUAAGCACACAAAUUGGUGACAGGAUUUCAUUGUGAAAGCAUUCUCUUUGCUAGGUCAAAAGUAAAAGAUAAAAUAACCAUUUUAGUAUAGAGUGAGUGAUAAAUAUUUUCAAGACACAAUACGACUAAUCCAUUAUUUACUGUAUCCAAAAUAUAUUCCUCAAAGACCUUCCAAGUUCUAGAAUAACAAUUAUCUGCCCAUAAUCAAAGGUGGAGAGUAUAAAUGCUGCACCAGUCCAAUCUGGUAUUCUGGUUUCUUUUGAUUAGAUACACAUGGACCCCAUUCACUUUUUAGUUUGUUUUCAAAUUUUAGUUGAAACAAGUACAAUUUAUUUAAGUUGUAUAAAGAAAAAGAUAGCAUUUUUAUACAAAUAUCUUUAAAGGCACAAAAGAUUUAUUCACAAGUUUUGGAGGGCUUUUUGUUCCUCUGAUAGACACGACUGACUUUUAGCUGUCAUAAUGUAUUAACCUAACAGAUGAAAUAUGUUUGUGGUUGCUCUUUAUCCCUUUGUACAAGCAUUAAAAAACUGCUGUUUUAUAAGGAGAAUUUUUUGUUGUACUAUGUGCAUGCAUACUACCUAUUUCUAAACUUUGCCAUAUUGAGGCCUUUAUAAACUAUUGAUUUAUGUAAUACUAGUGCAAUUUUGCUUGAACAAUGUUAUGCAUAUCAUAAACUUUUUCAAGUUCUUGUUUAAGUACAUUUUUUAAAUUGAACAGUAUUUUUCAUUUUGGUUAUAAUAGUCAUUUUGCCUAUGUUUCUACAAUGAAGUGUUAAAUACUUUAUAAAAAAUUGUUGACUGACUUAUUUAAAUGAAUUCUACAUAU